AUUUGAUGUUGAAAAAGAAGGGCUCCGAACAACUAGACAUCAUAUUUGAAGCUGGUGAAGAUCUCUUGAACUUCUCCAAGAAUCAAGUCAUCAUGAUAAAGAACAAUUCUAUCAAACUUCCAAUCAUCAAACCCAGAACCUUUUUAUCAUAUAGUUUUGAAUUCUGUGGAAUCACAGGUCUCAAUUACAAGAUGCUCAGAUUCCAAUCCCUAGGCAGAGACAUCAGAGUAUAAUUCAAUACUUUAUUACAAGCCUGAAACCAACAUCAUGACUUCAUGUCUAGUCAAAGUAAUACAUACAACUGAGUUCUCAUAAAUGGCAUAAAACCCCUUAAAAACUUCAUUCUAAGGGUUGUUUACACAAGGCAGUCAUAGUGAUAUUCUGCUCCAAAUUAAUUAAGAAAGUGUAUUUGAUUUGUUAAUACUAAGCCAAUACCAUUACACAAAUGUAUUUUGGCAUGUAGAUCCCCAAAGUUUAAUGGGAUGUUCUCCUCAAAUAUGCUUGAAAGCAACCAAAUUUUAGUUAAGGUUAAACACAACAAGCCGGAACUGUUUAAGAUCAUGUUAUAAUGGAUUUAUUGCGGGUAUUGGAAAGAAGUACUUUAAUGUUGUUAUUAGUAUAGUUCCCAGAAGAGAUUGAAGACACUUGUGAUUUAAUGUUACUAGCUGAUGAGUAUUUGAUUACUGACUUAAAAUAAAAAUGUGAAGAAGAUAUUAUUUCAAAAUUGGAUAGUAGCAAUAUUUUAUAAAUAUUGUUAUUUGUGGAGUAACACUCAAAUAUAAUAUCUCAACUUUUAUUGGAAAAAACAAACUCUAUGUUUAUAGAUGACUUUGAUAAGAUCCAUAAAUUAAAUCCCAAUUUAGAAUAAGAUAUCACAAGAAUGCCUGGCUUGAUGACGAAACUCUUUUAAAAUUUACAUUAGAAAAAAAUAAGGAAGGGAAGAAAAGUACACUUUGUGGUUGAUGAUUUUGAAGAAUCAGAUUCAGAUGACUAUGUUAGAAAUUACACGCAAUAUUUCUACUAAUGAUAAUAGUAUGAUUUUAAAUUUAAUAUUACAUUUUCAUU